AUGGGUAGGAAAGUAUACGUCGUUGGUGUUGGUAUGACAAAAUUCGUCAAACCAAAUUCAGGUAUCGAUUAUCCAGAGAUGGGUAAAGAGGCAAUAGAAGCUGCGCUAGCUGAUGCACGUAUUCCAUACGAAGUGGUUCAGCAGGCGGUGUGUGGCUAUGUAAUGGGUGAUUCUACCAGUGGCCAACGUGUGCUUUACCAAGUUGGUAUGACUGGCAUCCCUAUUUACAAUGUCAAUAACAAUUGUUCAACGGGUUCCAAUGCUCUGUUUAUUGCCAAACAGUUCAUAGAAGGAGGUAUAUCUGACAUUGUAUUAGCUGUGGGUUUUGAAAAAAUGGCUCCUGGUGCUCUGGGGGGUAGUGGUUUUACAGACAGAACAAAUCCAUUGGAUAGACAUACUUUAAAAAUGGCGGAUAUGGUUGAUCUAGCUCCUGCGCCUAUGACUGCUCAGUAUUUUGGCAAUGCAGCUAUUGAGCACAUGAAGAAAUAUGGCACAACAGAAUUACACCUUGCUAAAAUAGCAGCAAAGAAUCACCGUCAUGGGGCAAAAAAUCCACGAGCUCAGAAUGGGAGAGAUUAUACUGUGGAAGAAGUGCUAAAAUCUAGAAAAAUCUAUGGUCCUCUUACAAAAUUAGAAUGUUGUCCUACAAGCGAUGGGGCUGGAGCAGCAGUCCUCAUGUCUGAGGAUGCUGUAAUCAGAUAUGGUCUUCAGCAUAAAGCCGUUGAGAUCAUAGGCAUGGAAAUGGCAACUGACACUGCUGCUGUUUUCACAGAAAACAGUUUGAUGAAAGUGGCUGGGUACGAUAUGACUGCCUUAGCAGCAAAAAGACUGUAUGAAAAGACUGGUAUAUCACCGAAGCAAAUAGAUGUAGUUGAACUGCAUGACUGCUUUGCUGCCAAUGAACUUAUUACUUAUGAAGGCUUGCAAUUGUGUGGAGAGGGUGAAGCGGGCAAAUUUAUUGAUGCUGGAGAUAACACUUAUGGUGGCAGAGUUGUGGUAAACCCAAGUGGUGGAUUGAUCGCAAAGGGUCAUCCUCUUGGUGCUACUGGACUGGCACAGUGUGCAGAGUUAGUUUGGCAGCUUCGCGGAGAGGCUGGAGAUAGACAGGUGCCGCGUGCUCGUAUUGCCUUACAACACAAUUUGGGACUCGGUGGUGCCGUAGUUGUGACGAUGUACCGCAAGGGCUUCGAGAAUGCCUCUCCCAACCAAGUUGCUGCUAUCGCGGACAACCCCGAAGGCUUCAAGGUAUACAAAUACAUGAAGAUUCUGGAAGAGGCGAUGCAGACCGACGAGGAAAACCUUAUUGAAAAAGUCAGAGGCAUCUACGGAUUUAAAGUUAGGAAUGGUCCCAACGGCGUCGAAGGAUACUGGGUCGUAAAUGCGAAGGAGGGCAAAGGAAAGAUCACGUACAACGGCAAGGAGAAACCGGAUGUGACGUUCACAAUUAACGAUGAAGACGUCGCCGAACUGAUAUCGGGCAAACUAAACCCUCAAAAAGCGUUUUUCCAAGGCAAGAUUAAGAUUCAGGGUAACAUGGGCCUCGCGAUGAAGUUAACCGACUUGCAGCGAUCGGCGGCCGGCAGAAUUGACGCCAUCCGUUCGAAGCUGUAA